AUGAACGAUCAUGAAGUAAAAUCACCAUUAUUGGAUGGUAAAAAUAUGCUAGAAAACAAAAAGAAUUGUAAAAUAUGUAAUGCAGGAUACAGACGAUUUAUCAAUAAUUAUAUAAAAUGGGAAUUAGUUCUAUUAUGUGUUAAUAUUUUAUUAUGUCUGAUACUUAUAUUUAAAUAUGCGAGAGAUAAACAAUUAGAUAGGAUUCCUAAAACUGUGUUUAGAUCCAAAAAAAGUAUAGGGCAUUUUACCCAAGGAUUAAUGUUUGUUCUUUUAUUGGUCCCAUUUAAAUUUACACAACAAAUUACAAAAUUUUUAGUUGAUGCAUCAGGAAAUAAAAACAUUUGUAAAAAUGAUAAAAUUGAAAAAAAUAAUAAUGAACCCGAUACAAAAGAAAUUAAUAUAGAAAGCACCGAAGAUGAUAUAACAAAAGUAAACUCACACAUAUCUGACGAAAUUGUGGUAAAAAUAGAUAAUAUAGACAUUAAGGAUGGUGUUGAAGAGAAUUUGGAUAAUAAAAAUCCCGAACAUAUUUUAAAUGAAAAUAAGAAAGAGCCUAUAGAUGAAAAAAAAGACCUUUAUGAUAUUAUUAAUAGUACAAAUAAUAAGAAAGAAAAUUAUUCUGAAAGCGAAUUGCUUUUAAAGAAUCUAAUUUUUUCUUAUAAUACACCAAAAUAUAAAAAAAAUGAAAUAUAUUUUUUUUUUUUAUGUGCGAAGUUAUUUUCAAGGAAUAAGUAUAAUAUUAUCUUUUUGUUAAAGUAUAUCGGUUGUUUUUUAUUGAUGUCUUCUUAUCCUUUGUAUAAUUUAAUCAAGAGGAGAAUUAAUUAUAAUUUUUUUUAUUAUUCCUCUUAUUAUAUGAAUGCAUUUGAUUUUGCAUCUGGGGUAUUAUUGGGAACAUUGCUUGUUUUGAUAUAUGGAAUAAUAAAUUAUUUAAUUGGCGUUAUGUAUACUAAUAGAAAAAAUGAUAGAUAUUGUUUUUGGGAUAAUUACCAUUUUUUAAAUGACAUAACAUGUAUAUGCGAUGAAACUAUCCAGAAUACCAUAAAAAAUGAUCUACGUUUAAAAAAAAUAACAGAAGCAUACUUUAAUGUAUAUUAUAAUUAUAAAACCCUUCUUUUUAUGGGAAUACUAAUAUUGUCAGUUGUAUCAGUCUUUUCCUUUUUCUUUACAUUAAGUUCUAUUUUAGCAUAUCAACACGCCUAUAAUUGA